GAUCAAUGUGAGCGGAUACAAUGGAUUCAGCCUUUAUAACCUGCAAAAUUUGUUUCAAAAAAUUUACCGACCCUUGCCAUUUAGAGUGUUUGCAUGAUUUCUGCAAAGAGUGUAUUCGAAAUGACCUGAAAGAAAAUUUAAGUACAAGACUAGAUGCAUAUUCGUGUCCAAUCUGUAAACAGCUUACGCCAACCAAAAACAAAUCUCCCGAAGAUUGGGUUGAGCAACUUCCACCGAGUGACUUUGUGUCUGCCCUUACUGAAGUAUAUAAACUGAAAAUAGAUGAUAUCUUUUGUUCUUCUUGCAACCGGAAGGGGAAGUCAACAACCGGAAGUAAAUGGUGUCGCACUUGCCGCGAGACUCUCUGUGUAAAUUGCCUCGACGUGCACGGUUCACUAAAAACUACGAUGAAACAUUCCAUCCUAGAUCUAAAGGAAGUCAAAUCGAGAGAAACAAAGAAGAUAAUUUUUGAUUCAAACUGUUUGUCUCAUGAACUCCAACCGCUGACGUCAUUUUGCGAAACUCAUGACGAAUUAAUAUGUUCACUUUGUGCCGCAGAGAAGCACAAAGAUUGUACAUCGAUCAAGACCGUUAAUGACGAAGUUAAAGUCAAGUCACGGGAAAUUCGAGAGUUGUCAUCAAAUACUUUGGAACACCUUCAGAUCACUAAUAACGCAUUGCAGGCGUCGCAGGCAUCCCUCGGUGAACUUGAUAACUCGUUCUUGAAUCUAAGCAAUAGUAUUCGAAGUGUUCGAAAACGUGUGGAUGAAAUGUUUAGUAAAUACGAACGACAGUCUUUAGAAAAACUUGCUGGGAUAGAAAAUGAAUUCCGAGAAAAGUUACAGCAUGACAUUCAAAAAUUAGAAUCCUUGAAUGCAGAAUGUUCACACACAAACCAAUUGCUUGACAACGUGAAAGAUCAUGGUACAGAUGUUCACAUCUUGCAAUGCCUCCAACAAGUUAGAAGAAGGAAUGUCACUCACUCGACAGUUAUUGAAGAAUAUAAAGAACUGCAUGGAUUACCAACGGUUAAUUUUGUAAUCGACAGUCGACUAGAUGAUGUGCUGAACUCUUUGACUUCAGUUGGAGAGCUAGUCGUGAAUGGCAGUGGAAACAAUAAGAAGACACAACAGGUGGGUUCUAAAUCCAGAAAGACAGAGUAUACGCCAAAACAUACAGAGAUAAAGCGAAGGUCAGCUGACAGAACCGUGACAGUUAAAACUCGGUCUGACGAGAAUGCUUGUCUGAUUACAGGAAUUCUCUCUCUGCCUUCACUGGGCUGGUUUCUUUGUGACAAAGGAAACAAAAAACUAAAGCUUUACGACAAUCAGUUUCAGAUGAAGUCGGAGCACUUCCUCGAACAGACGCCUUUCGACGCAACGUGCCUCACUGAUCACGUGGUUGCUGUGACGGCUCCAGAGGAAAUGAAAAUAUUGGUCUUCAAGGUCUUGGCUGGAAUAAAUUUGCAAGAAGAACUGAAGAUAAGUGAACGCUGCUACGGAAUAAGUUAUUCUUUCAGAGAGGAUAAAUUUGUAGUUACGUGUCCUUUUGCAUCACCCGCCUCUGUCCGAGUCCUUUCAAGAAAAGGGGAAGAGUUAAUGAAUCUAACUCCAGAAGAGAACUUGCAGUCUUUGUUUCUCCGUCCAUGGUAUGUCGCAUUUGAUGGAACUGGAAACUCGUAUUUUGUCAGCGACAGUCAGAAUAAUAGAGUAACUUCUAUCACUAGAUCAGUGUACAGACGGUUCCACUACACACACGCUAACAUGAAGAGCCCACGUGGGCUGGCCCUAACAUCGAAUGGCGAUAUGUUCAUCGCGGGGUGGGGUUCGGACACUGUUCACAGAGUUGAUGAGAAUGGAAGACUGAAGGAAGAAUUUUUGUGUCGCCAUGAUGGUAUCAUUAGUCCCCAGGCCGUUUGUGUAUCGAAAGACAACACCACACUGGCACUGUCUCUGGAUCAGACUAGCUGUCGGAGCGAUGUGCUGCAGAUUUUUCUUUUGUGAACCGUUAAGAAUGUAUCAGUCAUUGUUUUCGAAUUUAUCUAAAUUUUGUUACUGAGUCGAUGUUCAAUAUAGACAACAGUCCGUAUAUAACCUCAGUUUUCUCUCGCUUGAACAAAUACUCAUUUUGGUUAAAGGUACGAUGGCAUGUUGUGCACUUAGACAUAUUGAUCCGCUAUCAUCACGUGCUUUACCCUAUGUACUCCCUUGUGCAACAAGGACUAGGUUGUAUCAUUAAGUGAUGUUACUUUCAGCAUCUCCUAUAGGAACGUGUACAUGAAGAAAUAAUUGUA